AGGGAUAACCAGAUAGAUAUGAGGAGGCAGAAAGGAAUCUGACCAAAAAAAACAUCCCAUCUGUUUAAAAGCAAACGGGGAAACGCUUCAGUGUGACGAGGAGAAACACACAUAUCUCUGACAAAUCUUCAAGGUCAACGGAAUCAAUGGACCUGGCGUUGUUUGUGAUUAUUGGCAUGUGUGCCAUGAAAGCUGUUGCUUCCUCAUGUCCAGAAAGCUGCCAGUGCCAAGUGACCAAAAUUGUCUGUCAAGGAUUUUCAGUGAAAGAAAUUCCACUCCCCAUGCCCCCAACCAUCAACGCUCUUGUUAUCUCCAACACCAGCAUUCAAUCAUUAAAACCAUCGGAUUUUCAGACUUUCGCUGAGACGCUUACACUGUUUGUAGCCAAAAAUUCGAAUAUAACAGAGGUGGAACCUCAUACAUUUGAUCAAGCUUUCAAUCUCAAUGUCUUAGGUUUCAGUGGGACGAUGCUAACCUCUCUACCAGACAACCUGUUUCAGAAUCUAACUGCAUUAACAACUUUAACACUGAGUGGCAACAAACUAGAAGUUUUGCCAUCAUCUCUUCUUACUCCACUUGUAAAUGUGAACAAAUUAGACCUUAGCAAAAACCUUCUCAGCUCUCUGUCAGAAGAUGCUUUUAGGGGUUUAGACCAACUAGAAAUGCUCAUGUUGCAGAGAAACUCAAUCAAACAGCUUCACAGCAGCACUUUUCAGGGGCUCAGUCAUCUCAGGUCCCUGUUUUUACAGCAAAAUGAAUUAACGGAUAUACCAGCAGGCUUAUUUGAUGAUUUGGUGAACCUUGAGGUAUUGCAUCUACAAGACAACAAAAUCGAGCAAUUGCCGGCAAAUCUUUUCGCAAAAGUGCAGAAGCUAAAGAAACUCUACCUCUCCAGCAAUAGGUUAUCAUUGCUUCCCAGUGGAAUCUUUCUGAAUCUUCCCAACCUUACUCAUUUUUCACUGUACGACAACCGACUCAGUAGGCUAAUGCCUGAGACUUUUGGCCCAAUGGCCCUUCAAGAGCUUUGGCUGUAUGACAACUUGUUAACCCACCUCGAGGAGAAUGUGUUCAGCAAUUUAACCAACAUACGUCUUUUGGUAAUCAGUAGGAACCGAAUUCAGUACAUCUCUCCCGGUGCAUUCAAUGGCCUGAUAGAGCUUAAGGAGGUUUCCCUUCACACCAAUCGAUUAACCAAUAUUGAACCUGGGAUUUUCAGAGGCCUUCCAAACUUAGCGAAUAUAUCUAUAGAGAACAAUCAAAUAAAGCAGAUACCCAUACAACUGUUAGAUGGUGUGUCCCGUUUGUCUCUUCUGGAGAUGCAAAACAAUUCUCUACAAAACUUGCCCAAAGACUUUCUGAACACUUUGUCUAUUGUUGAGAAUGUUAUUCUUCAUGAAAAUCCCUGGAGGUGUGAUCAGGACAUAAUACCUUUUUGGGAUUGGCUUUCACAGCAUUCAGAGAAAGUGAAGAACCUUUCCCUCGUGAUGUGCUCUUCUCCUCCACCCCUGAAUGGUAGAAUUGUGAGAGAGCUGAUAGAGGAUGACAUCAUGGUCCAAGAAAUGACAACUAUGACAACGGUUGAUACUUCAUCACAUAACACACCCGCAAGUACAACCAAAAGGCCACCAGAUUCAAACUUCACAACAAUCUCAGAUGAGAAAGAAGACCAAAGUGGAGGUGAUGCUGCGGGUCAAGGUCUGUCCAAAGAAAAACUCAUUAUCAUAGUUGCUAUCAUUUGUACUGCUGUCGUUGUUAGUCUCAUCUCCUGUGUGUUAUGGAGGAAGAACAAGCGAGGUAGUGAAAACUUAGACCGUCAUAGAAAGACAAAUGCAGUUAUUUAGCAUUAUCUAAAGGCUCAAUGUGUUGUUUUAUUAUCUCUGUCUGUUUAAAUAAUGAGCAUUGUCAUUUUAACAGCUGUAUUUUCUUUGGAAAUUUUCUUUCUUUGUAACAUUUUUUUUCUGUCCUGCAUGCAUAGUUGAGCUUACUUACAGUUUGACUGAAAAAAAAAAAAAAUCAAUGUUGAUUGUAUGAUUUAUUGAUCAUGAUUUAAUGAAUUGUGUCAUAAUGUAAAGAAAUGUACUGUAUUGUGUGCAAAUGACUGCACACAUUCUGCAAAUUUGAGUUAAAUAAAUAUGUUUCUUCAUGACAAA